CUAAACGCCGUGUUGCGUCACGGUGCGUCCUUUGCCCUUUCUGUUCAGCUUUGUAGUUAUGCUGUGCUCUGCAGGAACCGCUCUCUGCGUGUUUCACAGGAGACUUUUAUCACCCAGACUCGUACCUCUCAGCCUCCGCACCAUGUCGUCUCCCGGUUCGACCCAGUCGAAAGUCCCAGUGACUUUACUGGGAAGCAUGGCUUUCGGGGGGCGCGCAGACGCGGAUACUAGCGCUGCCAUGGUGCGCGCUUUCUUAGAGCGUGGACACGACGAAGUGGACACCGCGUACAUGUACGUGGACGGACAGUCAGAGACCGUCAUCGGGGGAAUGGGAUUACCCAAGACAGUUAAAAUCGCCACCAAGGCCAAUCCCUGGGACGGCAAGACGCUGAAGCCAGAGAGCGUCCGCUCUCAGCUGGACACCUCUCUGAAGAGACUGCAGGCCCAGAGUGUCGAUAUCUUCUACCUCCACGCUCCUGACCACGAGAACCCCAUCGAGGACACGCUGCGAGCCUGCCACGAGCUGCACAGGGAGGGCAAGUUCAAAGAGCUUGGCCUGUCCAACUACGCCUGCUGGGAAGUGGCUGAAAUUUAUUGCAUCUGUAAACACAACGGCUGGAUUCGGCCCACCGUUUACCAGGGAAUGUACAACGCCACCACUCGUCAGGUUGAGACAGAGCUGCUGCCUUGUCUGAGAUACUACGGAAUGAGGUUCUACGCCUAUAACCCUCUGGCAGGUGGGUUACUGACUGGGAAAUACAAAUUUGAAGAUAAGGACAACUCGCAGCCGUCUGGCAGAUUUUUUGGAAACGACUGGGCUAAAGCAUACCAGGCGAGGUACUGGAAGCAGCACCAUUUCCAGGGAAUAGAUCUUGUGCAGAAUGCUUUGCAGGCAGCUUACGGGUCCAGCAAGCCCACGAUGACCUCCGCAGCCCUGCGCUGGCUGUACCAUCACUCCCAACUUCAGGGCGAGCGUGGGGACGGUGUGAUCCUGGGCAUGUCUACCAUGGAGCAGCUGAAGCAGAACCUGGCCGCGGUGGAGGAGGAGCCGCUGCUGCCCAGCGUGGUGGAAGCCUUUAGGCAGGCCUGGGACCUGGUGGCACAUGAAUGCCCCAACUACUUCCGCUAGAGACACCGGAACAGGUCAAGCUGCUAACUGGAACUUCAUGUAAACAGUUAAGAGUUUGUGUCUUCCCAAGUGGAGUAUAUAUAUAUACACACACACAUUCUUAAUGAUCCAAAAACUUUAGAAUAGAAAGAUUUCACAACAUCUUUCCCAUGACCUCACAAUAGAUUAUUGAUAGAAUAAUGUACAGCAGAAGGCACUACAAAGUCCUGAAAAUGUAUUUCAAAUAAAAUUGAAAAAAGUUCUCAUGAA